AUGAGUUCGAAUAUAGCAACAGCAUCGCCCCCAUAUCGUCUUGGUGGUGAUAUGAGUUCCGAACGUCGUGAUAUUGGAAACGCUCGUCCUCUUGAUAUGUGUUUGGCAACUCAGAUCGCGUUAACACCGAGUGUUGUUAAUAAUCACUGUAAGAAUCAGGAUACAAGUAAGGAUACCAGUGAAGAUAACAAUUACAAUGACAGGCUUGAAGUUGAGGAUGUGGGUAUGCAGAAUUAUGGGUCUAUGUCGUGGGUCAUGUACAACAAGGUUAUUCACAACUAUACUGGAGAGCCAAUUCCCUCUCCUAUUGAUACUUUACCGUCCCCCGAAAGCUUAAGAGUCUUACUCGUUUGGGACGAGUUGUCUGGCGAAUCUCGUUUUCGGGAGAACGGUGCUUUCUCCAUCAGUUUCUAUGUCCACGGUGGCGGUCAAGGUCAUCGCAAGGCGUUAAGGUUAAUUGUUUCGUCAGAGAUUCAAUAUGGUGACAUCUGA